AUGCCGACCAUUACAGAAAUCACCAGCAUCCCCGAGUGGGAGCAGCUGCUCGGCUCUGUUCCCCCCACCACCCUCGUCAUCGUAUCGUUCCACGCUCCAUGGGCUGCGCCAUGCGCGCAAAUGGCUACCGUCCUGUCGACACUCGCUUCCGAAUACCCCGACACUGAGCCUCCUACCACUAAGUGGGUGUCUAUCAACGCAGAGGAGCUGAGCGAUCUCAGCGAGACCUACGAUGUUACCGCGGUUCCCUUCCUCGUUCUUUUGAGGAACGGUCAGGUUGUUGAGACAGUCAGUGGCAGUAGUGCUGUCAAGGUGCGCACAGCGAUCGAAACACAGGCGAAGCAGUCUGGUGAAAACGCCGCAGCCAGCGGCCCCAAUGGUGUUGCUGCGAACGACGCUGUCGUCGAGGAGGAGCAGGACCCUGAGAAGAAGAAGGAGGAGCUUUUCAAGCGUCUCGGAGACCUUGUCAAGGCCGCGCCGGUCAUGCUCUUCAUGAAGGGCACGCCCAGCUCACCUCAGUGCGGUUUCUCCAGGCAGCUGGUUGGAUUACUGCGAGACAACUCAGUCAAGUAUGGAUUCUUCAACAUUCUUGCCGACGACGAGGUCCGACAGGGACUCAAAGAGUUUGCGGAUUGGCCAACAUACCCCCAACUUUGGAUCAACGGCGAACUUGUUGGCGGUUUGGAUAUUGUCAAGGAGGAGAUGAGCAACGAUGCCGAAUUCCUUACUAAGUACAGCGUGAGCGCUCCUGCAGCGCCUUGA